GUGUGCGGUUCCUCCCUUGUGAGUCGUACGAAGAGGCCCUGCUUUUCGCUUUCUGAAAGAUGCGUCUUACUGUUUCAGUCCUUUGGAUGGUCGCAGUGACGGCGUGGGCGCUGGAGGAAAACAGUGGGAGCGACCUUUACGAUGGACAUUUUCCGCCAUUUCAUCCUAAUUAUACUCAGAGUCUCACAGACCUUCUUUUGCUGCGCCAAGAAAUCCAACUGAAAGAACUGAAGCAGGCCGAGCAAGAGUCUGCAGGGAUCCUGAGGGAGAUGGCGGACCUCUUGGCUGAUAUCAAAGGUUCCUUGACACGAAACAACACGUCUACAGGAAUAUCCUGUCCAGGCAACUUCAGAAACUUCGGAGAAACUUAUCUGUAUCUUGCUAAGGACGUCGGAAUAAAUUGGGAAGAAGCUCUGCUCUUCUGUGAAGACUUGGGAGGACAUUUGGCCGUGUUCCGAGACGUCAAUGCAUUCGCACAUGCUCUUGGAUACAUUAAAGCUUCAG